AAACAACAUGGCGUCAACGAAACGCCAUCUGCAUCGAUUACUGGAUACUAUUUCAUAUUUUCGUUCUUCGAAUUAAUCGUGAAACAUCAAAACAGCAAAUAAACAACAAUUUUGUUAUUUAAAUAUAAAAUGAAUCAUCGAUAAUUGCAUGCAAUACGUUUGCUAUUAGCAAAUUUGUCAUUUUUCAAACGAAGGUAACGACAAUAAUUUACUCCUGUUACGGUACAGCAAAUACUUGUAUAUUUUAUUGUUGUAAAUGUAAUUUUUAUAACAUUGUUAUUAACGAUAUCGAUAAGAGCAGAAGGACCUUUGUGAAAACACAAGCGGAUACGAUGCAACAACUUCUAAUGAAAUAAUCAAUUGUCCUUGAGAAGCUAACCUAAAAUCUUACUUUUAUCACAUAUCAUCCUUUUUGUACUUUUAUAGGUGUUAUUUAAGGUAUAUUAUAUGCUUUGCGCAAUAUUUACAGGCAUUCUUAUAUUUAACGAGCUAUUUCAAAACACAAGAGAUGCGUAUAUCGAAGAAAACAAAGGUAUUGUCUUAUUUGAUAGCAUGGAGGUUAAUUUCUGUGUUUGUGGUUCAAACCGCGCAUGUACCGGAUGAAUAUUGGCAAUCGUUAGAAGUUGCUCAUCGUUUGGCAUUUGGAUAUGGAUACGUUACGUGGGAAUGGGACAUGAAAAUUCGCAGUUACAUAUACCCAUUUUUGUUAUCCAUUAUAUAUCAAGCGUUAGCGUCGAUAUCAUUAGAUUAUGUAAUAAUUUUAACAACGGUACCUCGAGUACUUCAAGCAACGAUCAGUGCUUACGGAGAAUACAAAUUCUACGAGUGGUCCAAGAAUAAAUGGGCACUGUAUAGUUUAUGCGUAAACUGGUACUGGUAUUAUUGUGCCACUCGUACAUUGAUCAAUACCUUAGAAACUGCAUUUACCAUGAUAGCUUUAUCGAUAUUUCCAUGGCGUGACAGUAAUAUUAGAAGCAUAAACUAUUUCUGGAUCGUAGGGUUUUUAUGUAUGAUUAGACCUACCGCUGUUAUUAUAUGGUUACCUUUAUGUCUUUAUCAUUUAUGUACAAGUUUAGAAAACAAGUUGACGCUGAUAAGUCGAUACGGUGUAAUAUGUAUUAUCUGUUGUUUCAGUUCGAUAUUAUUGGAUAGUUACUAUUAUGGUACGUUAACUAUUUCUCCUUGGGAAUUCUUUCGUGUGAAUGUACUUUAUAAGGUUGGUGAUUUAUAUGGAACGCAACAUAUAUUAUGGUAUAUCGUGUGCGGAUUACCAGUACUUUUAGGGUGCCAUUACGUUUUAUUUAUAUUAUGUAUUUUUCAAAUAACGAAACAUCCAUCCAGUUUUCACCGUCAAGCAGUCAUGUUAGUCGUUGUAGUUUGGACAUUCGGUAUCUAUUCUUUGUUGGCCCAUAAAGAAUUUCGAUUUUUAUUACCUCUUUUACCAAUGUGUAUAUACAUAUGUACCUCGUGUACAUUCCCUUUGAACGCAAAGUUUAUAAAACCAGCAAGGAAUAUUUUUGUGGGGCUAUUAAUACUGACCAACGUGUUACCUGGCCUUUACUUCAGUUUAGUACAUCAACGUGGAUCGUUGGAUCUAAUGAACCUGCUUCACAAGGAUGUUGUUAACACCGAUAACAGCAGCAUAUUGUUUCUGACUCCUUGUCACGCUACUCCUUUAUACAGUCAUUUACAUACGAACGUAUCUACCAAAAUACUAACUUGCGAACCUGAUUUUACCAAUAAUAUGAGCUAUAUGGACGAAGCCGACACGUUUUUUGCAAAUCCGAUGCAGUGGCUCGAUGAAAAUUAUAGCAGUGACAAACGUACUACAAUACCUAAUUACGUAAUAUCGUUCGAUCAUAUUGUACCGAAAAUACGCCGAUUUUUGAAACAUUACCGAUUGUGGUCGCAAAUUUUUUAUACGCAUUUUCCACAAUCGAAUUAUGGAAAAUAUAUUUAUGUGUAUAAGCGUAAAUGAGAACUCGGUGAACGAAAAUAUGUAUUUACUUUGUUAUGCUAGUAAAUUAUUCUUUACUCUCGUUA